AACCCUAGAUAAACCAGGUGAAACUUUACAACAAAAUAUCAAACCCAGAAAGAAAAUAGAAAAAUGGCACCAGGUCUAAGACAAUUCACCGAGAGAAGAGGGGACGGUGCUGGAGAACCAGUUCUUGACAACGAAAAUGGCGAGGACCUUAUGUAUGUGCAACCAGAAGUUUCCAUUGUCAUCGGCAACCGGUCCCCUGAAUCUCAAGGCACUGUUUACAUCUCCACAAAGAAAGUUGUGUGGUUAAGUGAUGUGGAUAGGACAAAAGGUUACGCAGUUGAUUUCUUGUCUCUUUCACUUCAUGCUGUUUCAAGAGAUCCUGAGGCUUACUCUUCUCCUUGUAUCUAUACUCAAAUUGAGACUGGAGAGGAUGGAAAUGAGUCAGAAGACUCGGAUUCAGAAAGCAGUGAUGCUUUAGACUUGUCGAAAGUCACAGAAAUGAGGCUUGUUCCUUCAGACCCUGGCCAAUUGGAUACUUUGUUUCAGAUAUUAUGUGAUUGCGCUGAGCUAAAUCCUGAACCAAUCGAAGACAAUGAAGAACACAAUUGGAUCUUUAGUGCCAACCAACUGGUAGACGAAACUGCUGAAGGGGAAGAUUCUGAAUGGAAUUUCUCUCAAAAUCCAUCAAGUUCAAUUGGUCAUUCAAAUGGGGAUCAUGACCUCGCUCGUACAGUGCUUGAGCUCCAGAUCAAUGAUAAUCGGUUUGAAGAUGCAGAGGAGAUGGAACAUGAAAAUGACAGUGAUGGUGGCCAUCACUGAGUUUUCCUUUGUCGAACAUCCAGUGGUUGCAUAUUUAUGCGCAUUUUCCUCUUCCACGCCCUGAAAUUUGCUACAUUUGUAAAUUUGUUUUCUAAAUAUUCGAUGAUUGGCUGGAGGGGGGAGGAUUGCUGUCCUUUCUUAUGCAACUUACCUUCUAACAUCGGGUGGUGUAUUGUCAAGAUUUUUAAUGCAGAAUUACAUGGGAUUAAUGUGUUAA